GUUCUUUGUUUACAUUCAUUUUUGCCCGCGAUCUCGCUUCUCUUAGGAUAGGGAGCCAACGCUCAACUCGCGCUCACUUUCGCCUCACUACUGGCACAUUUUCUCAGGUAUUUCAAUGUCAGUGUUCAGCCUCAGGGUAGUUAUAAAAAACCUGCAGGAUAGCCGUGAAGAUGAAGACGACCUUGACAUGGACUCUUACAUCGCGGCAUACCGAGAGCUGUCCAAGUUCUUUGAAGGCCUCGGUUCACUGUUUGGCUUCAUCAACUCUGAUGUGAAAAGCAAACUGGACAUCUUGGAUGACUACCGCAAGUCAGAUGAUGUGGGGGACAACUACGAAACGCUCAACUCCAUGAUCGAGUACGAGAAAGAGGAGGGCAUUAUUGCGGAUGAGAAGAAGCCGUCAGGUUCGCGGACACUACUUCGGCUCCACAGAGCCCUUGAGUUCAUCGCUGCUCUCUUCAAGUGCAGGGAAGGCUCGGUGGGGCCAUUCCCGCAUUGUCCAUUGCCGGAAGUUUUCCAAUACAAAGGCACCCUUCCUUCGAUGAAGGGAUGGGCAGAGCUAUCAGCACUGCCAACGAUGAUGCAUCUGUUGCGUAAAAUGGCAAAAGAGAGCUACGACCAGACACUUGCCAAGUAUCACCCGUGGCUUAUCAGGAAAGGAGCUUCGGUUGCCAUGUUGACUCUCCCGAAGGUCCAAGACAUCUUCGCAAAGGCCUUGCCUGAGGAAAAGAAAGACCUGCGGCAACUGGUGACCGGCGUCUCGGAGGAAGCCACAAAAGUGUAUAACUUCACACAGUCUGUCUACGAAGAGAACAACAUUCUGGAUCUGCCUUGAUAGCACUGUUGUAGCAUUUGCGUGAAAGCUGUGGCCCCUCCCC